GGUUGUUUGGAGUAUUGAGUCCUAUUCUAAAUUCGAUUGAUUAUGGCUAAAAGGAACAAUUCGAGAUCGAGUGGAGAAAACUCGACGAAUGACAUGAAGCGCUUAAUGAGAGAGCUGGAAGAGGAGAAAAUGCUUAACGCAUCCCUUAGGAGUGAGCUGAGGAUGGCACGCGGUGGGAACAAAACGUCCCGAAAUUUGUCUGGCUGGAUCGAGGAGGAUUUGGACGGAGAAGACAAUAACUUUUUCGGCCAGCGGAAUUCUACGAUGAGAAGCGCAGACGAGUCGACUAUGCUGACAUCGAUGACGCUAGCAUCCCUUCAAAUAGGCGAAUGCAGACCGUUGGAGGGCGAGGAUGAGAUUGACAAGAAGUCGUUUGAGCAGUGGCGGAACAUUUUCGAGUCGGCCUUGAAGAUCGCCGGAAUUGUUGACGAAUCGACAAAAAUCAGCAUCUUUAAGAUGAAAGCGGGUGCAAAAUUGAUUGACGUUCUGGAAAGUACGCCCAACGUCGAGAGCCCGGACGAAGAGACAUCGCCUUACUCAAAUGUAAUGUGCCGCUUGCAGGAAUACUAUGGAUCUCGAGACUAUACACUCUUGCAACGCCAGAAACUGAGAUCCAUGCCCCAGGCAUCAGGCGAAUCCGACUUCAAAUACAUGAAACGUGUCGUGGCUGUGGCAAAACUGUGUGAUUACAACGCCGAUCAGUUGGUCGAGACAGUGGCCGACGUCGUUCAAGCUCAUGCCGUGAACCAAAAAGCUCGUGAAGCCGCCCGGAAGGUCAUGCGUAAAGGAGGCUCACUGCAAGAUCUGAUGAACAAGGUGCGUGCUGCAGAGAUCGAGAAGCAGAACGAGGAAAUAUUUGCAAGGAACCAAUUUGUCGUUCCUCUCAAAUAG